UUUCUUACUUGUUUUGGAUGCCAUGUCUCUGCUGAAACAGCGCGGGAGAGAACUCGAGCGCUUCGACGGACUGUCUCUCAUCUACUGGACACUUAUGGGCCCGUACGGGGUAGAUCGAGCCGUGCACUCCAUGGAGUUUACAGACUGUGAAAAUGGUCUGGGAAUUAAAGUGAUAGGUGGGGUAAAGGAGCCAACAGGCGAAGAGUUUGGGGUCUAUGUCAAACGGAUUUUACCAGGUGGCCUUGCUUCAAAUGAUGGAAACCUCCAGCCCGGAGACCAGAUCCUGGAGGUAAAUGGGGACAGUCUAAUAGGAGUAACGAGUGAAAGAGCUGUGGACAUCCUAAGGGCCGCCUCUGCAACUAAUCACAUGCGCCUUCUGAUUGCCAGAGAUGAGGAAGCAAAGAGGGAAUUUGCUGAACUGCUGGAAAAGUAUGGAUCGAAUGGCAGCACAGGGUCAACACGUAACUCUCCCAUCCAGCAAGGAGGUCGAUACCUGGAUAGCACAUCAUCUGGAUCCUCAUCUCGCUCCCAGAGUCCUUUGCUGUUGAGUCCAGUCGCUUCCCAGAACAUGUUUAACAACGGUGGGCCUCUACUGCGUUCCUUCAGUCAUCCAGGAGAGGGGGUGAUCCAACUUAUUUCAGUGGUGCAUUCUAGUGGUCUGGGGAUCACUAUUGGAGGUGGCUCCAACCGCCCUGAUGGCCCUGCUGUUUUCAUCCAGGAGAUGUUGUCUGGAGGGGACUGCCACCGGGAUGGACAUCUGAGGCCAGGCGAUCAGCUCAUUGCUAUCAACAAGGAGUCCUUAAUAGGUGUCACUUAUGAGGAAGCCAAAAGCUUGCUGAACAAAGUAAAACUCGGCCAAGAUGGUGUGGUUGAAAUCGCCUUUAUCCCUUGUAAGGGGCCUCUCCCCAGCAGCACCUCUCUCUACAGCGGGGUCCAACGUGGCGUGGGCAACAGCUACAGCUCUGGACGUCUAAAAGUCCAUGUCAGAUCACCUGAGAUUCAUACAGAGGAGCCAGCACCAGUGGCUUCCCCUUCCCCUGAUAUCUGCCCACCAGAUAUUCAUGUUCCAGGCCCAAACAACACCCAAAUAUCAACGUCAGGGGCCAAACCCAAGAUUACCCUGGAUCCUCACAUACGACUCAAAUCAGACAAGUUGGACCUGGCUUUGUCCUUUUUGGGUCUGGAAGCCACAGAGGAGAAGAAGGCGCAGUUGAGACAGAGUCUUACCGCAGAUCCACAGGGCACUGUUGCAUAUGGAGAAUUUGUGGAGGCCAUUCGCAAUGUUUUCCAAGAAAACCUGGAGGAGGUGGGCCUAGUGCAUGUCCCAUUUAUGUUCUCCUAUCACGAAGCAGCAAGCCUGAUGGACACGUCAGCAUUCCACUCCCCUACGUAUGAGUCUGAAUGCAGCUACAGCAGUGAGGAGAUGGAACAGUUUCAUACAGAGGUGAAGCAAUUGCAGACACAAAUGAAGCAGCUCAAGGUGAUGUUGAAGGAUACAGAGUACAGCAAGAAGACUCUGGAGGAGGAACUGCAGAAGACCUCAGAGAAAGCGUGUCUAACUGUGGAGGAGAAUAGUCGUCUGAAGAGCCGUCUGCAGGCGGCCGAGGCCGAGGCGGCACAGCGGCAGGCCUACAGCGCUGAGCAGGACUAUGAGGAGGUCAUUCAGCUGCUGGAGGCUGAAAUCAAGGAUCUGAAGAACCAGCUGGUGGGCAAGAGACAACCACACGGCCUUGAGACCUCCAAGGGAGAGGUGAUGGAGCUGAACAGGAGGCUGAUGGCCAUCGACGGCCAACUGAAGAGGUCAGAGCUGAGCAGGAAACACCUGGAAAUCUCCAACAAGAAACUGCUGGGCUUUGCACAGAAUGUCCAUAAAGUACUGACAACUCCCAGCUUGUUCGCAGGGGAAAACUGGAGCAACAGGCCCUUUCCAGCAAUAGACAGCCCAGACAUCCCAUCGCCCCUCCCUGACCCAGCUUUCCAGCUAGCUGUCGAGGCCAAGGAGUUGGUGGAGGGGCUCCAUGCCCUCCAUACUCACAACACAGCACAACUGAGUGAGACGGAGGCGGUGGCUGUCCUGGAUGUACGCACGCACCAUAUCUAGUCGGCCUGUGAUAAACCUCCAGGGAAGAAUGCAUGGAGAAUGUGAGCAGAGGGAGUCGG